AUGUCAGGGCCCGGGAACAUAAAUGGCGGCAAUGAUAACUUGGUAAAUGUUUGGACGGCUGCUAGUGGUGGUGUUGGCACUGGCAAUGAUCCUUUACAUGUUCUAAACCAACAUCAAGCCGCUGUGCGAGCUUUAGCCUGGUGUCCUUGGCAGCCUAAUGUUUUAGCAUCCGGUGGCGGUACUGCUGAUAGAUGUAUUAAGUUUUGGAAUGUCAAUAAUGGAUCAUUAAUAAAUUCGGUUGAUUCCAAGUCCCAGGUAUGUGCUUUGUUAUGGUCUCGCAACUUUAAGGAACUCAUUUCGGCGCAUGGUUUUGCUAACAACCAACUUACAAUAUGGAAAUAUCCAUCGAUGGUAAAACAAGCUGAACUGACCGGUCACACCUCAAGAGUUUUGCAAAUGGCCUUGUCCCCAGAUGGCAGUACAGUUAUUAGUGCUGGUGCUGAUGAAACUCUACGUUUGUGGAAUUGUUUUGCACCUGAUCCUCAUACAACUAAAAAGUCCAGUUCAGUUACCAGUAAAGCUAAACAAAGUGUUUUUCGUCAGAGUAUACGUUAA